GUGUUUUGAUGACGUCGAGGUAAUGGCCGCCCUCGCUGUGCCGUGCCGAAUGUUUUAUUUUCUCCACCACAGCGGUUGAAUUAACCCGAUUGAUAAUCAUUGAAGACAAUUAAAAACCAACAUCAGCGGGACAGCGAAGUUUUAACGCAGUAGCGUCAUCUUUGAAAAGGUCCGGGUCGACAAGGUGACUGAAAAUAUGUUUUUGUUCGCAGAUAGAGAGGAGCAGCGCUGUUAGCUUAGCUGCUUUGUUAAUGAGAGGUUAGUUAGCAACAUUGGCCGCUCACCGCUGAAGCCGCAAGAGUCCGAUAGUUUGAAGUGUUAUAGCGUAUUUUAGUUUAAACAGUUUCGCUUUUCGAUGAUGGUAGUUAGCUCUUUGUUGAGCCGGCUCUCCUCACCUUAUGGGCCUCAAUGGAAACAAGCGCGGCUAAGCUAAAGUGAUGUUAGGGCUUCUCUGUCGCGUUAGCUGCAGGUGAGCCGAGUCAGUGUUUUCAAACACAGGCAGGCACGACGUUAACCUUGAAACUAAAGCAUAAACCAGAUACUUAUCACUUUAACUACCUGUACAGAAAGAUGACGGCAUUUACGAUCAUUUUAGUCGAUGUCCUCCAUCCCAGUACUGAUAGAUGGGUUUUUGGUCUUGGAUGAUAGUUGUCAAGACUACUUUCUAUCAGCCAUAGUUUUGGAAACCUCCAAACAAGAUCUUGAAGUCCAGUACAACAGCUCCAUCACAAAUUCUGCUUUCAUGAGGGAUCUUAGUGUUUGGUUCUUCUUGAUAUGACCAGACAGCUGAUUAUUGGACUUUAUACUGCUGAUUAAAACAUAGUGGGUGUAGGUGGUGUACUGGAGUUUGUUUAUUGAAAGUUGAUUCAUGAGUUUUUGUCAACUUAAUAAACAAACAUGACGGAAGCAAAAUCUUAGGGACACUUUGGUAUUUGAUAUUCUCCAGCAGAUAACUUUAGUAACCAAGUUAAAUAAUGUUUAUCACCUGUCAGAUCACACCAACAAAAGCCAAGAAUGCAGAGGCUUCGUAAAAGGAGACUUUAUCAACCUUAUGACUCUUUACAUUAAUAACAUUUAUCCUGCAGUAAGGAGGAAUUUUGUAUUCAGAUAUAGUCAUAUAAUUGUCUUUUAUUUGAACAGCAAAUGACUGAAAGGCGGCAUUGUGAAGUGAUUAGUAUAGUGGCCAGUUUUGGUGCAGAUGCAAGUAGAGUAUCAGUUGUUGACUCUUUCUUUAUAAUCUUUGUUUGCACUAGACUAUUCUCUAAUGGAUACUCCUGAAAGCCCUACCCAGUCCCCUCAGUCCCCCGAAGAAGAGGAGGAUAAGGGCCUUUCUGACAGUGAGCUGCUGGAUUCUCAUGAUGAAGACGAGGACAGGGUCAUCUCUGACAGUGAGAUAGUCCAAGAAGAGGACAAUGGGGAGCUAGCCGAGGAUGGAGAAGAGGAUGAAAUAGUGGAAAGCAGAAGAAGAGGUGUGGAUUUGGAGGAGGAGAGGGAAGACGAUGAGGUGGUCCCUGACUUUGUUUCAGAUCCAGAGGAUGAGGGGGACCCAGAAGAGAUGGGACAAGAAGAUGGGACCAUUCUGCUCAUGGAGGGGGAUGAUGAUGGUCCUCAGGAGGACCAGUUGGGUGGGGAUGAGGAAGAAGAGGAACAAGAAGAUCGAGUGAUUGACACUCCGCUGUCUCCAGACUCUGAGCCAGACCGAGGCAAGAGCUUCAUCGCUGAAGAAGAUGGAGAGGAUGGGGAGGAAGGAUAUGAUGACUAUCAAAAGGAUGCCUCGAUAAAGCAUGACAGAGCUGAGGUGGAUGAGGAGGAGGAAGACAAAAGCAAAGCACAGGAGGAAGAGGAGGUAGAAAGAGUCAGAGCUGAGGAAGAGAAAAGGAGGAGAGCUCUUGUAAUAAGGGUAAUGAAGGAUGACUCAGCGUCUGUUUCUAGAGAGCUAGAUGAGCAUGAACUGGAUUAUGAUGAGGAGGUGCCAGAAGAGCCUAGCAUCCCUGGACACGAGGAAGAGGAUGACGAAGAAGACACAAAGGGGGAGGGAGAAGAAGAGGAGGAGAGCGAGGACAAAAGCAGUAAGAAGAAGGAGAGGAAAACAAUUCUUCCUCCAUCACCAACAGACAAUGAAUCUAAGAGGACAGAUGACCUCAAAGGGUCUGAGAGAGCACGCAGGGAUUCCUUCAGAGACAAGAAGAAGGAUGAGGAUGAUGGAGAGAUUGAUGAAGGAGAAAUUGACGUAAGUCAUCUUAAUUUGCCUGGUUGUUGCACAAGAAUCAGUGUUGGGCUGAGCAAUGUAAAAAAAGAAAGUCUCAUUGAUUGAUUACGUAAUGAUAAAUAAUUUGGUAAUGCUUUCAGUUUGAAGAGUGUGCUAGUGAUAUUGGAAGCCUUAAAGAAUGAGACAGUGCAGUGGAAAAACUCCAUAAUCUUCCUUACCUAGAAAAUAUGAGGUUAUGAGCACUUUUACACGUAACAGGAGUUAUUUUGGGGUGAUUUUUGAAUCGCAGAAACAGACACAAACACAAAAAAAGCUCAAAAGCUCUUUGUUUGAAAAAAUUCAAUGUGUUACAUAACCUGCUGUAACAACGACCACGAUGCAAACUCUUUUAGCAUCACGUCUUUAUCAGGUUUCAUUCAUGAAAAUACCACUGAGUCUGUUUUAACAACCACUGUUCAGAAUGUGGCCCAGGAACAAGUUAUUUUAGGCUUUUAGAGUGUCUUUGGUCGUUGUUUGAAAGAUUGCUUGCGUGUACUUAAGUUGUGUUUCGCCCAUUAAUUGAGCUAUGUUUACUGGCUGUUAAAUAUUCAAUGAAAUGUACCAAGUUUGUGCAACAGCUUUCUGUGUCAACUUUAAGGCGUAGCAAGAUUUCACUUCCGUAUCGUUUUGUGUCCUCUCCUGACAAACUCUCCCACUUUUUAACACCAGUGGUCAAACCAAGGUUUUACAGCCCAGAGUUGUUGGGUAGUCCAAAAGUGCCCUGAUUGAAAGCUGAAAAAAUGCUAACUAACCAGCUGUUGUUGCUUUUUGCAGCAGUGUGAAAAGUCCAUUUUGUUUUUACAAAUUGUUUGAAUGUUCUUCUGUACUUGUAAUAUUCUCCUUCUGUACCUCCCUUUUAUCUGUUAUUUCCUCAGACAUGGUUUGUGCUUUGGUUGGACCCACAGUGCAGUAAAGUCUAGCUAGUUGGCUCUCCACUGUCUUCUUCAUAUUUCCUCUGUUUGAUGUAAGGUGGACACCAGCAUUAGGAACCUCUACCACUGUCCCUGAUUAUGAACCAGUUUGUUGGACUGUAUCGCUGUAUGCCUAUUUUGAGUACAGUAUUAGUGGUGGUAUCGAACAAAUAUUUAAAAAGAUGGUUAUUGUCACCACCAGAUGAAUGCACAAGCCCUAAUGAGCAACAUUGCAAUCAGAGUCAAAUACUUUGAUUUCUAAACUGAGCUGUACCACCUCAGCUGGCUGAGCUUUAGUGUUUUUACUGUGCUAACAGUGCAUUUCACCCACAAAUAAAACUUGAAAUUAGGGUAUGUGAAGGGAGCAGUAGAGCAGAUGUGGAUACACAGAGGUGUGAGGGAAAUCUAGAUAUGCAAAUAGUAACAGUCUAAAUCUCCUUUCUGGAUUUAUAAAGGGGAUAGAGAUGUUACAUUUAUGUAGCAGCUUCAAAAAUCCAGCCUGCGCCAAGCUUAGUAAAGUGCUGUCCAUGUUGAAAUGGACUUUCCAGCAUUGUGUGCUUUUUGGUCCCUUAAUCUGAGUGUUGUUUUUUUAGUGUGCCCUCUACAAGCUCUGUAUGCUCUUUUUACCACUUUCGGUACUCUGUCAUGGAUCAUUAGCCAGAGAGGAAACCCCACUGUCUGAGGGAAUGUGACUCAGCAGCCUGAGCAGUGACAUCCUCCUAGUUCUGCUUUCAGUUCUGUCAUAUUCACACAUUAUCAUAACAGUUAAGAUUCUUAAAAUUAAAACAUGAAAUGUAUGAAGUACCACUGUAUAGCUUUUGUUUCUAUAUAAAUAUGAGAUUAAACUUGUGUUGAAUGAUCGAUUAUAGAUGACUCUUGAACAGAACAUCCCCGCUCAACACUGUUUAGAAAAAAAAACACUAUUUUCAGCUAACAAUGAAAUUUAACUGGUAAGUCACCAUAAAAUCCAGCCAUCUUCUAUGUACUAGAGGAUUAGGGGAGCUGUUGAAGAGGUGACUUAGUGCCUCCUACAGCGUUCACUUUGGAAGUAGAGCAUGUCUCUCUUCAGCCGAGCUCUGUGUGGAGACAAUGAUUACAAAUGAGACCCCAGAGCUGUUUUAUGGAGCAUGAUAACCGGACAUACUCCUGGAUGUUUCAUGUCGUUUCAAAUGAAGUACAAACAAGAUGCAUUACUUUGAGCAUGAUAACAAAUAGUUGGUGUACUGAGUCAAGAUGUCUUUUGUGCAUGCAGGAUGAUGAUCUGGAGGAGGGGGAGGUCAAGGAUCCCUCAGACAGGAAAAUCAGGCCCCGUCCCAUCUGCAGGUUCUUCAUUAAAGGUAAGUGGAGAGAUGAUCCUACGCCAGAGCUGUACAAAGAUAAAUGUGUGGAGAUAUUGAUAUCGAUGAAUGUACAGUAUGUGACAAAGUACACAACAAGAAACUGCAGUGUCACUGAAUCACAAAUGUGUUACGUUACUCAGUUAUUAUGUAGAUCAGAAUUAUUUAGAAAGUCUGCCCAAGGGAAACCCGACUGUAGCAACACUGUUUUGCUUUACUGUUAAGUGGUGGAGAGUAACUGAGAAUAUUCACUGAAAUACUGCAUACAUUUGCUGUCUCAUGGUUGUUCACCGCUGCUACACUCGCUCUUUAAGGCAGAAACCGAACUUGUAACUUCACUGAAUUUACAGAGGAGCUUAAGUUUGGCCAAUUGUUCCAUUACCUUCUAUGAAAUCAGAUCAAUUAUUAUGCUGUCAGUAUACUGUAGCUUUAUCCUAUAAUUACAAAGCAGUAUGUAUGCAGACAAAUGAAGUGACAUUUAUUCAAUUUAAAUUUAAAAAGCUGUAACAGUGAAGAAAUGGACGCACCAAAGCAUUAAAAAUUACAGUCAAAUAGUAUCAAGAGUCCCUGAAGUGUUGUUAUUCAGUGCAAUACUGCUCUUACUUCUUGUUUGUUUGGGCUUUAAAAACUUCUUAUGAAGUCUUUAUUUGACUAAGAUAAAGUGCGCAGCUACCCUGCUCAUUUGUGUAAAACAAUCAAAGAUGAAAUCAAACACUUUCUUAGCUGCAAUAAAAAGCAUGUGAGGAAUGUGAUUUUUUUGUAAGCUCUUGUAAUGCCAGCUGUAAACAGCAGAGGGAGCUACUGGACAUUGUAUAGAUUUUUCCAGUCCCUUGUAAGUCAUGCACUGUCAAAAAACUCGCACUGACAGUAAGUGUCUGUCUCUUUUCUUGUUCAAUCCUGAUACCUGGAUUUUUUAAAUUUCUGACAGAUACUUCAUAAUGCCUCGUGUGAUUCAUCUCUUUUUUUUUUUGCAUUUGUUUCAAAGAAGCGUGUUGUUUCAUCCAUAAUAGAGUGGACUGUGGUGUCAGAUUUAAAGACUGUUUAUUUGUUCUUUGCUGUCUUUUCAGUGUUUUAGAUAUUAGCUGUUAAAUAUAUAAAAGUUUGUCAUUCCUGUGAUGUACUUUUCAUAAAAUUUGGGGUGUAAAAGACCCAAAAGUACAAGAAUCUUUUGUGUUUGAUCUAAAUAUAUUUAUAUACACACAUAUAUGUAUAUGUAUAUGUGUAUAGAGAGAGAGAGAGUGAGAGAGAGGGAAAGAGAAAGCGUGUGCGUGAGUAACUGGAGUGAGUAAGUGAGUUAGUAAGUGAGUAACUAGAGGGGGUGACCUUUUAUUUCUUGGGGGAAAAAAAGAUCAUAAUGGAUGCAUUUGGUACAUUAUUCCAAACUGAGACUUACAGUCAGUCCAUCUGUUAGCCUACAGUCCCUACAACUUCUAUAAGCUGUACAGUUUGUACUCAGACAUUACGUAGCAGCCUUCUGACACCUACUAUGUAGGCUGCAACCCAAAAAGAUUUCACUGGUGGUUGCAAAGUAUUUGUGUCCGUUCUUCAAUAUAUCUGAACGGUGCUCAGGUUGCCCUUCAUUUAAAAACUACUUCAGACAAAUGAGAGCUUAUUUUCUGAAUCUGAGUGAAUGUUUCCGGGUCAUCGUGAUUUUUAAACUCACUGUUACUUUUCGCUUCAUGCAGGAAAUUGCACUUGGGGUAUGAACUGCCGCUUCAUUCAUCCAGGAGUAAAUGACAAAGGUAACUAUUCUCUCAUCAGUAAGCCAGACCCCUUCUCACCAAAUGGAGCACCUCCUGGAGGACCACACCCACUCAUCCCCAAUAAUCCCUGGGUAUGUUUGUCUGUCACAACUCUGCACAUUAGUAAAAGAUCUAAAAAGAUAUUUAAAUGUUUGGAUAAUGCAAAUGCUAAAAUCAUGCAAGUGUACUAAUGCUUUAAGGGGAACUAGAGAUGAUGUAAAAAUUGGAUCAGACUACACAUGCACACCCAAUCCAAUCCAAACCAAGUUUAUUUAUACAGCACAUUUUAAAGCAACAAAAUGCUGACCAAAGUUCUGUACAAUGAAAAUUAAAAAACAAUAAAAGCAGACAGUUAACACAAACAAUAAAAUAAAGACACAUGACCACAUUAAAGAACAGGGGGACAUAGAUGGUUCAAUGAAAACACCAUUAAAAGACGAAGUUCUCAAGAGUCAAAAGCCAAGGAGUAAAAGUGCGUUUUCAAGUUUGAUUUAAAAACAGGUAGUCAGGGGUGCAGUCGAACAUGAGGAGGAAGAGCAUUCCAGAGCUUAGGCUUCAACUUGGUCCACACUGUCACCAUUUCCACAGGCAUUUUCUCUUGGCUCUGGGAGCAUGUAUGCAAAUGAAGCCAAACAAGUGAAUGAUUUGUCUCCAUGUCAGGCUGCACCAGCUGUGGAGGAACUUCCUCCUCCACCCCCUCCAGUGGAACCUCCUGUGGAGAGCGCCUGGGAAAGAGGUCUAAGGCAUGCCAAAGAGGUAAAUCCUGUCAACGCCCCCUCAAAACGUAUGACAUGACGAAAGAAUGAGCUCAUGCUGCGAGAGUAUUAUUUGAAUUUAAUGCUUGUAUACACUCUGAAGCAGGAGGGCACAGUGAUGGUAAUUUAGUGAUGUUCGUUACCACCCUCUAAGAGUAACAGCCAUUAAAAUAAAGUACAUGUAAUUAAAUUUAUUGCCAGUGUAUCUGAAAGAUGUAACUAUAACUCAGCCAGUAAGAUUACCCUGUGACUAAGAAAUGAAGAGGUGAAAUUUACCGACCUGUCAAUUUCAUAUAAUGGUCAAUUUCAGCAGGCAGGUAUUUUGUCCUCCAGUUUAUGAAGAAAACACAAUUUGAAUACAGUUAAAGUAGAAAUGAUCAUUAUAAAAAGUAUAAACCGUUAAAUCUUCAACUGGUUCUGUGGUCCCACAGGUGCUGAAAAAGGCGACUAUCCGUAAGGAGCAGGAGCCGGACUUCGAGGAGAAGCGUUUCAAUGUGACCAUUGGAGAGGACGAGAGAGAAUUUGACAAGGAGAAUGAAUUCUUCAGAGAACGCAGCUACCGCAUCAUCCGAGAGUACGAACCGCACACCUUUAACACAUUUCAUCGUCACCGGGAACUAAAUCAUUCGACACAGUAACCAAACUUGAAGUCUCAUGUACACUCCCUGGAAAAGAAAGUACCUUAGAGUACAAAAUCAACCAGUGGACUGAACCCUUAACUUGAAAUACAGACUAGGCUGUCAGUUUCUCUUUCUGUCUCUGAUUUUAACAAACACACUCAUUCCCUAUCUCUCAAUUAUUACAUACACAUCACAACUACCCCUUUAACUGGUCUUCUUUUAUUCAUCUGAUCACAGACUCAACUGAGUAAACAAACCCAUUAUGCUAUUCCUUGCUGCUCGCAUUUUCUCAAAGUCACCUUUUCCUCUAGUUAAGUAUUUAUGCCAAAGUUGUGGGUAAACAUAACUUGAAAUGAUAUACAGACAUUUAAUACAAAUGAUUGCAAUUGAGAAAUACAAACAUAUGACUUGGCUGUCCUUCCUCAUGUCAAACAUUCUUCGAAAUGCUGAAACUUGUUCUCUAACUGAAAUAUUCCUGGUGCAGUUUUUUGGUCUGUUGUCAGUAAUGUUGCCUAUUUUCCUGUUGCAGUGAAGUGGACUUCAGGGAUCCCAUUUAUAGGUAAGUCAGACAAAUAUAGACCCCUGUGGUAAAGCUCGUAACAACUCAUUUGUGUAGUUUUGUUUUUUAUUUCAAUGUAAAAAAUCAACCUGUGGUAGUUUUAGCAAUUACAAUUUUCUGUUUUCUCAGGAGUUUUUAUUUUUUAUUAUUUGGUUGCAAACAAAAAAUAAAAUAGAGCUCACUGUUUCAGUUCAUACUUAACAGACAGCUGACUUUUUUUUCUUGUUUGUUUUGGUGCAUGUAUCUUUAAACUGUACAAAAGUUUUGCCAAUCUAUUAAAGUAAAUCUAUUAUCCAAUUGUAAAGAUCGGCACAAAAACCCCCUUUUUUUUAUACGCUGCCUGUCUUUGAGUAAGUGAAUGAAAAUGAAAGGUCGUGUCCCUGUGUAAGAACGGUUGUUCUGAUAUUCAAAUGCAUGUAUUUUUUGGAAGAAUAGUUCGUUGUGUCAGUUUUACAACUCUGUAAAAUAAAAGGAAAUGACCCAUGAGAGCCUUUGUUUGUUCUCUAGCAGGCUCAAAAAGCAUAUAAUUGACCUAUGAUUAAUCUCCAUAAUAUCAUAUGGUUUUCCCCUCUGCAGUGACCCGUAUGCUGACCCUUACUAUGACUAUGAAAUGGAGGCUCUAUGGCGAGGAGGCCAGUAUGAAAACUUUCGAGUGCAAUACACAGAGGCCCCUCUUCCCUACCACUUUGCUGUGAGUGUCCUGACCAGUCUGUUUAUGUGUUUUCUGAACUUCAAAAAGAUUUGCAACAAGUGACUCUAGAGCAUCAAGGCAAAGACUGAAGUGAUGCAUCCUUGGUGUCUUGCUUUGCACCUCUGUUGUCGUUUUUGUUGUUGUGGUAUCCUACUUGAUAGAAAUCAGUGCAUGACUCUUUACACCUCAUCAUUUGUUACACAUUGAACUCAUAAUGAGAAUGAAUUAAGUCAUACUUGAACUUUUAUAAGGGGGCAGCUGUAGUCUGCGUCUAAGUCUUAUAUUUACACCCGUUUAUCCUUUUUUUAAUUCAUGACCCGUUAACAUGCAAUGUAAACAGGGUGAAUAGAUACAGCAUUGGGUUUUGUUAAGGCGCAUCCUUGUGUAGUUUUAUGGGGUUUUUUGUUUUUUUUUAAGAUCAGUAAAGUGUGCACAAGUUUACACAAAUGCCAAUACGCAAGACCAGUUAAAAGAUUUUUUUGUGUGUGAUUAUUUGCAUAGUUUCAAAAAAAAUCCUUAAAAACUUUGGUUUAUUAAGGCAUGACAGAAACUGUUUUAUAAGGUGUUUUUGAACAAAAAGAACGGCCUAUUUUUAAUUAAAUCUAAACCAGAGGGAUAUCUGAGUCAAGACAAGGAAACUAAAAGCUAUUGUGAGACAGAAUAACAGAUCAUAUUUUUGUUAUUUUCCUGAGAUCUAUUUGCAGUAAUUAAAACGCUGGUCUCUGUCAAUGGCCUUUUUUUUUUUUAUUUAACAACAAAACAGAGUGACGACAACAACAGAAACAACAACAGAAAGAUAAAAAAUAAAAAAUUUACAAAAAUACUUUUGUGAGGGAGGGGAGGGGGAAGGAAUUUAUAUAAUAUGUAAAAGAGAAUUUAAAAAGAAAAGAAAAAAAAAUCUUAAUUGGAUUACAUUGGAAUAUCUCUGUAAUAAUAAUUAUAUGUACACAUAUACAUACACAUACAAACAUACAUGCACACAUACAUACACACAUAUACAUAUAUAUACACAUAUGUACCCACACACACACAAUCCCCCCGAAUCACCGACACAACAGCGACGAUACAACAACCACAAUAGCAUUAGCAAUAACAUCAAUGGCCUUUUUUGUUGCAACAACACUGAUCAAACCCGUCUCAAUAGGAACGUGAACGCGAACGAGACCCUCGUGAGCGACACCGGGACAGAGAGAGGGAGAGAGAUCACCGCGAGAGGGAGCGCCGACAAAGAGAGAGGGAGAGAGAGAGGGAACGAGAGCGGGAGAAGGAGAGACUUCGGCGAAAGGAGGAGUGGGAGAGGGACCGAAUGAAGCGCGAUGAGAAGGACAGGCCGAGGAUGCGUCCUCCUCGAGACGCCAGGGAGAAGAAAGAUGAGGACAAAAUGAAACCACGCUCACCUCUUGGCCUUCCACCAAAGUAAGUGACAUUUCCAUUGUUUGGUGACAUGUGUUAUUAUGUAGUAGAACCAGAGCAGUAACACGCAGAUUCAUUAGUCAUCCAUUGUGAUUGAACAAAACAUCUCCGCCUAAGAUUUCUGUCAAUACUCAGAGGAAGGUUGCUCAAUUCAUUGAAUAUUAUUGAUCUCAUUCGUGUUUUCAACCGUCCCAUGAUUGCUAAAACGAUACUGGCAGAGAUUUCCACCAGACCAGAUUUCAGACCAGCUGUCAGCCAAACAGCCUGCUCCUCUAAUGUUGUUUGUUCUGAUAAAUUACUUAUGAUAAAAGGUUGAGACACUCGUGUCCCUGCUUAAAACUGAUACAAGUAUAAGAGAGACAUCUGUCUGGGUCGACUCUGCAUCUGCACACUUUAAGCUCGUGAGUGCUGGGGGGGGGCGCUCGGCUCGGACGAGACCCAAGUGUUUGAUGGAUAUCAGCGAAGUAAUAAAGGCUUAUUGCAUUUCAUUGCACCAAGCACAGUCACUGUCAUUCUGCCAACACAUUAUAUGUUACUGUCCAAGUCCUCUCCUCUGAUAUUGUCAGAAACAAAGCUUGACAUCCCACUCGCACAAUUACCGCUGGGACAGUAGUUAAGCACCAUUUAAGUCCUGAAAAGCAGUGCGCUCACACAUAGCUGGAGUGAUGCUGCACAGUACCUCAGUAAUACCUUUGCUGUUUAGAAUUCAGUUUGCAAACUCACAAGAUUAUGUAUAACAAUAUUAGUUUAUAUGAUAGAACAGUUUAAAUAAAACCACCAAAUGUGUGUCUCUAUGGCACACUCCUCUGGGGAUGCCCAUAGCUAAUAACUUGUUCCUACUAACUUGGCUGAUGGCUCCAUAAGCAAAGCCUUGCUUAAAGUGAAGCUGUGACACAACUGCCAAUGCUGAUGCAUUAUCAUAUUGUAGCUCACAUACAUACAUUCAUACACACAUCAGCAGUAAGAAAACUUGAAAUUGCCUCCCUCUUUGGCCACACAGUUGCUAGAUUUUGGUAAAAGCAGCUUUGAAAGAAUCCAAGAAACUUUCCACCUAAAUGUUGCAUUAUUUUCUGGCUUUAUGUGUGUUAGGAACAAUGGAUGUAGAUGACGGCACCACUGCAAGCCGUUCCUGGCAUGUCAGACUCAUUACAAAAACUCGAAAAGAAGUUUCGGUACACAAAGUUACGGUUGAAUGCAACAGGUGGCAGUCUCAUCAUGAUUAAGAUGGAGACACAAUGAAUAUAACAUUUUUCUGAAUUGCUUUUAGACAAUUCAAAGCUCUCUCAAGGGAAAAUCAGUUGUCCAUAAGUGGAAACUUUUCCACUGAUUCACAGUCGCCAGAUCUCGAUACGGGUCCUAUUGUCUGGAUUGAUUGCUAAGUGAGUGUCAUACGUCGUCUUUGUCCCUGCAUAUGUAAUCUGCAGUUUUGAAAUAAUGGAAUUUAAUCCGGUGUUUUUUUCCCGGAGUCUUUGUGAUGUAAACAAAGAAAAAGAUGACAGUGAUGACGUCCCUGUCCCUGCCACACCUUUGUUUUCUUUUCUGUUCAGUGAGGAGUGAUGUCAAGAGAGUGUGCAGCUCAAACAAUAAACAAAUUUAGAAAAAAAACAGCCAAGCUCUUUUGUUGAUGUGCUUGAAUGACAAGAGGUACUUUGAUUUGUUAUUUUAACUAAAUUUAGCACUUAGAGACAUGGCUGACUAAAAAGUUUUUUAACUAAACAGAAAAUUCAAGCCAAUGCGUGAUGAAAUCUCAGAUUUAAAUGACGGAAAAUUAGAUUAUAAAUGCCCAUUUCAGUGUUGUGAUGUAAAUGAAUUGAUAUGAUUAAGCGCUUUGUUUGCAUAAUUUUAUGAUCCUUAUAUCUUGUUUAUAAGCAGGUUUGAGUUCUUAACCCUCGGUUCCUACUAUGUCUGUUUUGAGGAGAUUCAUUUUUAAGGUUUGAGGCAUCAAAUUUGGCUGAAGUUCUUAUUUUUCUUCAAAUUAAAAAAAAAAUUUGGUGUCCAUAGAACUCUAUUAAUGCGAUUUAGCUCCAUCUAGCCUACUUUGUCGGCAAAACGGACAAUAGACUUCCAUUAAAAACACGUUUUUUUGACUGUGUUUGUGGCACCAAAACACAUUUAGCAACCUUUUUUUUUUUUUUGCAGUCACUCGAUCACCAAGGCUCUAAAUUUUACUUUGCCACAGUGAUACAACAGAUUGUGCCAGCACACUAAACAUUAUCAGAAUUGAUUCAAACUUUACGUGCAACUAGAUUCCUUACAAAUGUAUGAGUGGGCUACAUGUGUAAGGAAAACUUUGUGUGCUCUUGGGCAAAAACCUGCGUCCAUUUUUAUAAUGUGAGCAGAGUUUUUACAGUUGAGACUGUGACGCCCCAGUUCUGUAGUCUGGAACUAAGAGAGGGGGGCAUUUGGACAAUUUCAACUACAUAGCAAGUGGAUGUUCAUGCAUGAGGAUGCACAGAUCCUUCAUAUUAAUAGGUAUGAAUAUCACAUCUCAAAUAUACAGUAAAUUUAUUUAUGCGUGUAAUCAGCGUUAUUGCAGUCAUGUUUUGGUUAGAGGUUUAAAAGGCACUCGUAAGUGAUUCCUAUCUUACAUAUAUCCCCUGAUUCUAUAUUCCUAUACAUAAAAUCAACUUACCAUGACAAAUGAAUUCACCCACAUAUGAUUUGGUUUAGGACAAGGCUUGAAAAAGGGGGUAAAACUGGCGUGUUUUUCAUUCCAAUACACUCAGCUGUUAGGAACGGGCACUUUCUCAUUGAAUCCAAGUCCAAUAACGCGGUGCACAAUAACUGGCAUAACAUUUAACAUUGUGACAGUGAAUUUUGUCAUUAAUUUAUUUAAUUUUUGUAGUGGUCAGGGCUGAAGAUGUUGAAGAGAUUUGAGUCAAUGAAAGUUGAAAAAGUAAAAAUAAUAUCUUAUGAGCACUUGCUCAGAGUGGAAAAAAUUAGUGUGCAAACACAAUAAGUUCCUAUGAUCCCUAAAUUAUGUAGCCAAAGUCUUAUUGGAAAUGUCCUGAAAAAUGAUCUUCAGAGAAGCUGGUAGGUCGUCUGUUAAGUCUUUCUUUUUCUUUUUCUCCAAUACGAGCCGAGCAGACAUGUGUCUCUUACACAGAUACGAUGUAGUUAAAGAUGAGUUAAAGCAGUGGUUUUGAGCAAACCCCUUUUUCUGACAUUUGUCUCUGGAUCGCUACAUUAACACUACUUUCAAACAGAUGAAUUACACCACAUUUUCAAUCAAACGCUAGAAAAGAAAACAUUUGAACUCAAACCAGUGUUGAGGACAUUUGAGACUGAGCUGCUGCAUCGCUUGAUGUGUAAUUUGAAAAUUAAAGACAACUUAAACAGAACUUAAGAUAGUUGUCAGGGGGGCUCACCACACACUUAGGCAACCGCUGAGAUAAAAGAUGCUGUGACAUUUUAUGGUUAAAAAAAGAAACAAAAAAAUGUUUUCCUUUUAAUCUAUUCACUCAUUUUUUGUCUUAUUUUGGACAAGUCUGUUAAUCCAUGUUUUAGUAGUCAUUGACAAUACUCCUAAGUGUGCUGGAAUCGGCACGUUAACUAAAUAGCAUCUCUUGUCCUCCAGCAUUUACAUAAAACCAGUGACUGGUGAAACCCAGUAGUAGACAGACGCUGAAUAUGGGGGAAAUUAAGUGUUAAAAAUAUCAACACUUUUCAAAAGAAGUUAGUUUCGACAGCCGAUUCUUUACAUUUUUAGCUUAAAAAAAGAAGGAAGUAAUACUCGAAAACAUUUUCAACAUCUGCUCUAUUUAUAGAAAUGCGACACGAGGUUCAUGCAAAGUUCAUCGUCAGUUUGUGUAAACCUUUGAGGGCUGUCCCAUCAGACUGCUUCAGGCGUUCCCAGAAGGCACCCAGGCUGAGUUAUUAGAAAUAAUGGCACACUGUGAAAAUAUAAUUACCUUUUACAACACUUUGUGGACCCAGGCAGGGGGUUAAUCAUAUAACCUCUUCUCAUCAUUUCCUCAAAGAAAAAAAUCUGUUUGUGUAGGUUAUGUUUGGCUAAAAAUAGCAACCCUGGUUCUAUUUUUAGCUCCUGUGAGGUUAAAGGGAGAGGGCCAUUUCUUAGCUCUUGCAUCAUCAUGUCUCAUCCACCCUGAGUAUAACUCUGUCACGUACUUGUACUUGCCGUAUUUUGACUGUUUGGUGAGAUCAUCGUGAGUGGAAUAUUUUGCUCCAUAAGUUCAAUGAAUUUGUUUACAUAUGAUACUAAGUUUGAGCAGUAAAUUUACCAGAGACAGUCGUCAACGUGAUGAUUAAUCAAAAUGCUCUCCUCAUUUGUUGGCAGCUGACGUAAAAAAAAAAAAAAAAAAAAAGGGUAACUUCAAGUGUUUAAGCUCAUAGUGUCCGUUAUAAUUAGCAGUUUCUUCAUAGUGGGAAUAUCCACCCAUCUUACUCAUUUCCUUUGACAAAUAUUUAGAGACUGCCUCCAUGGUGAACGAUGGACCCCACGGUGCUGUUCAUGAAAAUAAAGGUUGAGUUUGUUGCUCUGGAAAAUCCCUCAGAUGGUGAUGGUAAAUAUAGUAACUGCAAGCCAUUCAAUUGUUCUGAAAGUCAGCUAUCAGCUGUCUGUAGUUCAUCAUUAAUUAAAAAAAGAGAAGAAUGACAAUAACUUCUACAUUUUAACCCUGCGUGGUUAGCGUUCGUGUAAUAAUCCAAUUUGUCAUUUGCAGAUAUUACAAUAACUCUUGUAGCCUAGUGUUGGAUUUAAAAAAAAGGCCUACUAAGAAUCAAUUCUUCUCCAAGUUAAGUGGUGAAUCUUUUGUGGGAAGAUAUAUAAAUGAUAGAGAAAAAAGUUGUGAUGUGUAAAAUUAAAGAAAAAUAAGUUACAAACUUAAUCUUGGACUACAAAAAAUGAAUUUUCAACAUUUGAACUAAGAUGAUGUUCAAGAAAAAUCAAAGAAUGUGAAUGAAUCGUUUCUAUAUACUUGCAUUUCGAUCAUUCCAGGACAUUACAACCACCUACUUGUUAAAAAUACUAUAUAGAUUAUUUAAAUCGUAACUUAACAUUUCUAAACUAUUCCUCCUACUUAGAGUAAAAUUAUGACUCAUAUUGUGUAAAGCUGUUCUGAAAUACAUUUGAUUAUAACUGUCACAUUAAUUUCUCAGCUUCUGGGCUACCUAGCCAAGUAGGACCAUUUUACUGCAAAUGUUAUAAACAGAUAGAAAACCAUAUUGUGCGGUCUAUCAAACAUCCACAUUAGACUUGUUGUAGUUCUUCUUUCUCUUUGCACCAAAAUAAUACAGUGGCAGGUCUCUCAUUUAAUGAAUGAUGACUUGAGUCUGGCCUUCACGUGGCUGGAAGACUUCAUUGGCUGAAGUUUGGUAUAAAAGCCUUGCAUUGUCUGGUUUCUUGAGACCAAACAUGAGUCCCCUGGGUGAUCUCUCUUCAUUACCGCUCUAUAGUAGGGAGUCUUAAGCAAUUGCAAUUUGGUGAUAAAGGCCUGGAUUGUCUCUUCUUUGUAGACCACAGGUGGAUCUCCCCUUCCCGUGAGAGUUUUGUUUGAAAAGGGUUCAGAGAAGGAUCACCUGUCAACAUCAUGCUAUGUGGAUGUUAAACAAAAAUAGCCCAGACAGUGUGGGCUGGUAUGUUCAAAGUUUAGCAUUGCUGCAUUUUUUCCCCACAUAGCAUGGAGCGUCAGCGUGAUGUCACUCACAUGAACAGGUUAUGAGCAGUUGUUUGUUCCACGUUCUUGUCUAAACUGCAUUCCUCUGUAUCAGAUGAUAAAUCCGAUAGGUCUCGCUGUCAUUAAGUCGCCUCAGAUUUUGGGAUAAACUUGAUUGUGGAUCAUGUUGCUCUCAGGAUUCAAAAAUGUUUUUUUUAAACUUGUAAUUGAAGAUAGUGUUCAUAUUACAAAAGCUUAGUAGUCUAAUAAUGGACAUAUAGAUGAGGUCCCUAAUGAAACUGAAUACAAUAUAAAACAAACCACAGCUAAUGUUGAGCUAUAUUUAGAUUUUGCUUCAUUUUUAUUUGUUUUAUCUAUCAUUAUUAUUAUUUUAUAGUUUACACUAGUGACUGACCAGCCAUUGAUUGUACUUUCAAUUUAUCAGCAGGCCAAUGGAGCCCCCCUCAAAGAAGGAGAUGAUUCCAGUCAUGAGGCGACCAGAUGAGUGGAAAGACCCAUGGCGUCGGUCCAAAUCCCCUAGAAGAAGGCCUGGGAUGGGGUCCCCUCCACGAGGGCGCAGGCGACACCGGCCCUCCGGCUCUUCGGUCUCUCUGUCUAACUCUUCCAGGUAGACGCUCUUCUUGAUGCUCAGGAUAGCUUCACUCCUCACAAAGGGAAGAGUCAGAUUCAUAAGACAGAAACACAUGCUGUGCUAAAAACAGCUUUUACCGGUCCAGUGUGCAGCUGACUGGUACACUGCACACAGAUGUUUAUUUUUUUAAACCUGGAAACUGUUUGGAUCAGCAAAUCUUGACAUUGGCAUUUUUUCCUGCAAGAAAUCUGACCAAAGAGCAGCAUGAAGUUGCACAAAUGCAAGAGAGGAAAUAUUAAUUGCUUUCAGAAACCAGAGUGCAUACCAGCAGUUUUCUGUUGAUGGCUUGUUCAGAUCAACUAGCCUGUUUCUGUAUUCACAUCCAAUGUGUAAUGCAAAGGCUGUCAAGCAAAAAAAAAACAUGCCUCAAGGUUUUUAACUGAAUACAUAAAAUAUAUAACCUAAAUUUGCUGACAGAGUUCAUUCAAGCUUUUAAGCAAUCGAGUGGAUCAAGUUAUUUGAUCUUAUAUGCUAUUAGGCAUUCUGCCUGUUUGGUAUAAAAUUACCAAACUUACAAUUUCAUAAUUUCAUGUGGUGAUCAGUUUAGAUAAAUUCACAGUGAAGAGCUUUUUUGUUGUUGUUGUGUAUGUAUUGCAUUUUAUUUCAGUAAGUUUCUUGCUCCACUCUCAUGUACGUAUGUAUGAAUGUACGCACUGUACAUUUUGAGGCACUUUCCUGUGUUAUUAGAAAGUGAAUUCAGGUACAAAGGCUGUGUGUGAUUAGCCUUUCAAUCCUCUUAACUGUCUUUGUGUUUAUGUGUGUCGCAGGUCGUCAUCACGCUCUUCGUCCUACACAGGCUCUGGGUCAUCUCGUUCUCGAAGCCGCUCCUCCUCAUUCAGCUCUUACUCCAGUCACUCCUCCCAACGCAGCUCCUUCAGCGGGAGCCGCUCCAGGUAUGCAGGAGUGUGUCACUGUGUAUCUCAAUACGCCUAAUUGUUGAUAUUUACAAGUGCCCCAAAAGACAUAGCCAGAUAGCCAUCCGUGUGCUUCAGUCUGCAGAAGUGUUUAUACAACACCUCCACAGUCCUAUGCAAAAUUCUGAAACAUCUGCAGUCAUUCGUCACGAAGAGAAAGCACAAAAUAAAAACACAGAGGAGUUUAAACGAUUGGCUUUAACCAGCAACUAAAAGCAGACUGUCUGAAAAGUGAGUGUGUCCGUGUGUGACCAAUCAACUGCCUCUCACUAACAUUUAUGCAGAGUAGUACAUCAUGAACCACUGGCAGACUUGCAGCUACUCGGGCUUAAGCCCUGAAACUUUCAGAGUAUAUGUUAGCCGCAGUUAGCUCUCGGUCCGCACAAGUCUGUUGAGAGUUUGCUGUUUCCAAGAAGAAGAGACUAAAAUCGGCAGUGUGAGUGCACAGAGAGAAACCACUUGCACACUUAGUGUGGCUUCUUUGAGUUCCUCUUCAGCAAACUUAAGUAGUAGACAGUUUGUGCCUUUGAAAAGAGGAAGGAGUGAAAACUUUUCACUGUCAGCAUGUUGUUACAGAAUGCCAGAAAAAGUAGCACAACUUUUGAUACAAAAAAGUGUGUCACUGUUUAUUAUUAUUAUUAUUAUUGUUGUUGUUAUUGUUAUUAGAAUUUUGUUGGCAAUUGUAAUGUUUUUUUCCCUAAUUUUACGUCCAGGUUCUUUGGCUUUCUUUAUCUAUAUUGACGCCUGAACUGGCUUUAAAAAUAAUAAAAAAUUAGGGGAAAAUAAACACUUCAAUGGAUUAACAAAGGAUGAUAAUUAACUGUGUAAUGACUAUUUGUUGAUUGUGUCACAGGUCCAGAUCAUUCUCAACAUCCCCCUCACCGAGUCCAGCAGCACCUAGGAUGGCCAAAAAUAAACCAGACCUUCCCCCCAUGCUUGCUAAAGGGUAAAUCCGAAAUUACUUCAGACCAUUUUUGACACCCACCCACCAUAUACUUCUAUCUUUGCUUCAAUUUAUUCAGUCUCCUGGGUUUUCCUAGACUUUGGCUCAAGUCUUAACGUUGCCUGGGCAAAAUAUGACUGAACAGAUUGUAGCGAUUUGAAUUUAUAAUAAAUGUCUGAAGAUCAAUAAUCUUAAAUUAUGAUAUUUAUGCACUUGUUGAAAGGGGCAGCACCCACCCUUAAUGGUGGGAAAAUAAAGAAAAACAAAAGUUUAAUUCAGAAAUCAAACAUUAAGUCAAUCUUAAAUUGAUCAAUCUCAUAUCUCACGUGGAAAUUCUUAUUUCAGGGACUCCACUUCUGGAAGAACACUAACAGACAAGAACUUAGAAAAAUAAUGAUCUGUUUAUUACAGGAUGAAUGAUGGUACAACAUACAUGCAAUAAAUGAUGAUAAGAUAGUGAGGAUAAACAAUAAUGAUAGGUCAAUAAUAAAAGAUUCUGAGUAGGCCUGGACGAUAUAGAAAAUAAGCAUAUCGAUAAAAAAUAAAUCAUAUUGAUCGAUAUCGAUAAUUAUCGAUAUAAUUAUUAUAAUUAUUUAACAUAUAUUUUAAUUGCAGCCCUGGAUGUUUUAUGCUAUUGCUUAAUGACCUACUUUUAAUAAAGAACACACAAGCACUGAAUUCAAAUUCAAACCUUUAUUCAACCACCUUUUUUUUUUACCACAACUGAAAGUUUUUUUUAAAAAGAACUUAAAAAAAAAAAAUCAACUUAAGUGGCCUGAGUGACGUCAGUAAAUACUGACAAACAUAAAGACUAAAGUGACCAGAAAAUCUGAUAAAUAAAUAUUUAAAUAGUCUUUUGAUGAAAAUAAACAAAACAAACAAAUAUAUAAAUAAACAGAAUAGCUUUAGGUGGGAAUAGCAUACUACCAGUUUUAACUGUGUGGGAAACUGCCCACAGCCUGGUGUCUGAACACUGAAAUAUUUCUCCUGGGGUCGGGAGAUUUAUUUUUUUUAAAUAUCAUGUGAUUGACUUAAUAAACAAACUAAGCACGAGAAGUAGGACUUAUCCACGCCGGUGUUGUGUCGUAGAAUGCACCCCUGCCGAAUGCCCCCCCUGCUAGUAGCCAUGAUCCAAAUACUCGCGUCUUUGUAAAAUAUGAGCUCAUUUUCUUCCACUUUAAGAAGCUACACCGGAGCGUAUUUCCUCCGCACCCUUCUCACCUUUUCAACCCCUGACCCAUUUUCAUGCCUGAAGCGCUGUGUUUGAGAAAUACUUGCGGCCGGGCACUUCAUAUCGCGGGUCGAGAGUGGCUAGAAGCUGGUCGAAGCCAGGCUUUUCAACGGUAGUUAUUGGCAGUAUGUCCCUCGCUAUGGAGCAUGUUACUGCAUGGGUGAUGUCCUUAUGCCGCUUUGACGCUUUGUCGUAUUUUGGCAAGAAACGAAGUCCAGUUUGGUCUGCUUCACUUGCUUUGUGCUGGUGCUAACAGCGGUUCCAGAGGAUUCCUCCGACGACGACGUGGAGCCGCGGCGCGGCCGACACAGCUCGUACUCCUGCGGGUGCGACCGGUUUAGAUGGUAAAACAAGUUGGUUGUGUUACCGGACUUGGUUUUUACUAAUUCUCUGCAAAUUUUGCAAACGACCGCUGUUUGCUUUUUGUCAGACUUCUAAAAACCAAAACAUUGCCACGUUGGUGAACUACUGAAACCUUUUUUCGGGACAAUUUCCUCCGCUUCUCCUUGCUGUUACAUUAUUUCUAAUACACGUGCUGUCUGUUGUGGUUUGAUAGGGGCUGGGCUUGGUGCCGUAGCGUACCUGGGUCUGCGUUUGUGAUUGGUUGGGAGGAAGUAAUGACUGUAGUAAAAGCUACAUGAUAGGCUAUGAUGAAAAAGAAAGGGAAACUGUGUUUUUCUAUCGAACUUUUUAUCGACCCGUUUUUUUUCUAUCGCUCCACACGUCUAUCGAUCGAUAUAUAUUGUUAUCGAAUUAUCGUCCAGCACUAAUUCUGAGUCAGGCUAGAACCAGUAAAGGUAAUGAUAGUGAGUGAAUAUGCUCUAACAUAUUAACCUAUGCUAACUUUGGUGUCAACAUAAAUUUGGCUGUGGAUUUGGAUGAAUCUAGGAUUACUAGCAGUGUUGUUUUCGUCAUAUUUCGUCAAAUAUUUUCGUCAACGUCAAAAAAGGGAAAUUUUUUCGUCAACGAGAACAACACUGGUUUUUUUCGUUGACGAAAAUAUUUUCCUUUUCUUCCACGAAAGAAAUGUUGACGAGCUAAACAUAAGUCGGAGAUGGCUAAAAUGUGACGAGACGAAAGUGCGUUUACGUUGGCGGGACGAGACGAAAACGACGAACAGAGCUGCAAAAUUCAGUCAGUUAAAUGCUGAACAUAUAGGAGCAGCUUCAGUCCGCUCUGACAGCUCUCAUCAGCCUGCUGUGCUCCUCCAACACACAGACACAAACACACGCGGGCGCACGCACACACGUGCAGUUUUGUAUUCGUUGACGGAUGACGAAAACAACACUGAUCACUAGAAUAAGUGAAUAUCUGAGUCAUGACCACAGACGAGAGAUGAGAUAGCAUGGGACAAAUGGGACAUAUUUCAUUUUAACACAAAUUUCAUGAUUAGACAGAUUAGUACAUUGCUAAAUGCAUACGAUGUCAUGAUCAGUCAUCUCUCGUCUGUGGUCAUGACUCAGAUAUUCACUUAUUCUAGUAAUCAGUGUUGUUUUCGUCAACUAUGACGUUGACGAAAAUAUAAGAUGUCAUGAUCAGUCAUUUGUAUUCUUUCUCCAAAGGAAUGCAGUUUUUAUCAGAACAUGGUUGAGCAUGGUUUUACGACCGAGGUCUGGGGGUCAGUGUCCUGCUCCUCAGACCUUUCUUUAGAUCCGGGUGUUCACACACUUUAAUACGGUAAAUCUCAAAUAGGAAACCUGGGUUGAGGCGUUAAUGUUUAUAUUUGAAUGGUCAGUGAUGGAGUCCGUUUAAAAAGUAAUAAAAACUCUGUCUCUGUUCUCUGAAUUGACCAAUCGUGAAGAGCCAGAGGUUUCGGUCAACCUUCGAUCGGGUCAGUUAGGUAACCUGAAAGGGCAAACAAGUCUGGAAAGAUUUAUAUUAACCUGCGUCCUCGGACCAGAUAAGGAACCUGUCCUGCAAGGAAUGUGUGGGUUUCACACACAGGGUUGUCUCGGUGCUACAAGAUAAAUAAAUCGAUUAGCUUGAGCUUUUAUCAGGUCCAAGAAAAAAACAUGAAAAGACAUUAAGAAGUUGCAGCCACAAUCAUCUGUCAAUGGAAUCAACUGCUGCAGAUUUUCCUAGUCUAAUUUUUGUAAAAUCCCUUUUUAAAACGUGGACGACAUUUACAUUCCCUUUGGGGAUCGAAAAGUUCUUCUUAUCGUCCGUUUAAAAAUACCGGACCUCUCCUUUAAUCAUUCUUACAGUGUGUGUUAUGACAUAAUGAUUGUACUGAUAAUUAUAAAUUGAUCAUCAGUAAAAACAUCACAUUUGUUCUGUUUGUAUAGCCAAUGUUUUCACUGUCUGCUUGCUCAAAGAAUCAAAAAUUUCCCUUUCCUCUUUAAAGCAUGCAGCUGAAGCCCGGUGCCAUGCCCCCUCCACGCAGGGAAAAGCCUCCGAUGAAGAAAGCCCCCAGUCCUUCUCAUCCAUCUGGACCACAGGGCAGGCCCUCAAAACCCCUGCCAGAAGGAGGGAAGCCUCCCAUCAAUCCUCGGGAGCCUGGAGGUGCAGGGGGUGGGGCUGGUGGUGGCGGAGCAGGAGCAGGGAGACCCCCGCCACCGCGGGAACCUGGAAAACCACCUAACCCAAGAGAAGAGAGGCGAAGAGAUCGGCAGCAGCACCCUCCUCGGAGGUAGGUGUCUUAGUUUGAUGUCACAGGCUGUGUAAAGAAAAGAAAAAAACAGGUUAUAACAUAUCACUCGUCAUAUUACACUUAUGUGAUGCAAUUGGAGUACAUCACACCAACAAAAGUAUUUGAUUCAUGGCAGGAAUCAGGAAACUAAAGUUCCUCUUCCAGGUAGACCUCCUUUUAAACUUGAUCUGGGUUCUUACUCAACAGGUUUACAACACAGGUCAGAAGAAACAUGAAACCACCACGCUGACUUUGUUUUUUUUCACAGCUGUGACAAUGCCCUUAUUUACAACUUAAAAGUGAGAAGAAAACAUUUAGUUUCUGUUAACAGUUUCUCCUCAGAGUGACUCAGCGAGGAAGACUGUAAACGUCAGCAAAGACAAAUGAUAUCUUCUCACAAACAUUGUUGGUCUGUUUGUGUACCUAAAGCCAAAGUAAUACACCUUUGACCAGAUAAGACUCUGUAUGUACUUACAAGAGGGAGAGGUCUCCAGUCAGUGUAGUUGGUAACACUUUGGGCUCUAUUUUCGUGCCCGCCAGCGGUGCGGCGGAGGGUGACGCAUCCCGCACAGUGGGAUUUUCGUCUGGCAGAGCCCGAUGCACAGCCAGUUUGUUACUUUCGUAGAUUGAGGCGCACUGAGGUCCGCUAAGCUGGGCGUGGUGGCAUGGUAUGGGGAGGUGUCCACAGAAUCAGCUUGCGCAGUAACAUUUUCAUGCCCGUCGGCGUGGAAAGUGCACUGAAAGCACGCCGGUUCAAACCUGGUCAGCUUUCAGCCCAGGCAGAGCGCAGCUGCUCUGGUGGUAUUUUAGUAGAUUGACGGCGUAGUGCCCACAUGUCACCGAUGCCUCACUGACGGGUUUCACAUUUCAGUGCAAUAGAUAAUCAACAACAACCAAUAUUCAGUGCAACUAUCUAUGUCAGCACAUACAUUCAGAUCUAUAUCGAUAUAUUCUGAUCUAUAUAUGAUCUGAUGGGCACAAAAUUUGCAAUACGCCUUGCCGGUGGCGCAUUUAAAGGUGAAGAGAGGAGCUGAUGUGAUUGGUGAAACCCACUCCACGCCUGCUUCCCUCCCUCUUUCUGACUUAUGCCUGGGACAGGGGUGGGCAAUCAUGUGCCAUGGAGGGCCGAGAGGCUGCAGGUUUUCUUUCCAACCCAAAACUCCACCAGGUGAUUUCACUGAUUACCUUACCUCCAAGCAGAGAGCAGGGACUAAUCAGUGAAAUCACCUGGUGGAGUUUUGGGUUGGAAAGAAAACCUGCAGCCUCUCGGCCCUCCAUGGCACAUAAUUGCCUACCCCUGGCCUGGGAGGAGCUGAGUUAGGGAGAGGGGAUUCUUACACUGGGCUGUGCCGCUCAGCACGUCCGACCUGACUUACGCUGCGCCUACACCAUGCCGGCGGCGAGGCUUGAAAAAUAGAGCCCUUUAUAUGAGCCCACCGCUCAAAAAUCAGCACAUCCUAGAGCCCUAUAAAAGCUUUCAUACAAAGGGUGAAACCAAACAACAGUGUAAAGUUGCUUUGUGUCAGUUUAAUGAAAACUGCUGAAGAUCUGAAGUAGUUUACCUUUUCUUUUUCACCCGGAGUUCAAGAAAAAAAGUUCUUUCCUCAAAAGUCACGUUAUAUGCUUUGAGCAUUAAAGGGAUGGAUCUAAGUAAACCGUUAGUUUCUGGAUUGGUUGUCAAGAGUAUGUUUACUGUUUACAGUGGAUGACAAACAAAUUAAUUUGCAAGAAGCACAAAUUUUUUUCCUCAAACUAAACUUUUGCAUAUCCGUGUCUGUUUAUUUAACACCUGUGCAUUUUGGGGGGAAGACCAGAGAGGCUGUGUAGGCGUGGAGGAGUGGGUGGAAAGGAUUGAAGGAAAUCUACUGUUGUCGGACUUGUUUGCUUUGUUUGUGUGUAUGAAACUAAAAGCAAUGAUAACCAGAGAGGAAGAACGAGUUAAAGGGCAUCUGAGAACAGUGUGUGUGUGUGUGUGUGUGUGUGUGUGUGUGUGUGUGUGUGUGUGUGUGUGUGUGUGUGUGUGUGUGCGUGUGCGUGUGUGGGCAGGUAUAGUCUCCUGGAAAACUGGUUUGUAUUCCAUUUGUAAACUACUUCCCUCAGGUUGUCAGGUACAUGUCAGUCGGCAGAAACUGCCGUUGCAGUGCGCGUAGGUGUGUUGCUAAAUCAUUUCAGAAGUUUCAGUGAAAGGUGUUUUUGUCUGUAAAGUCACUAACAUCUCAAAACAAACUACGCACUGAAGAUAAAGUAGUAAAACUCAAGAAAGGAAGCACAUGUCUUUGACAAAUGUCUUAAACAGAUGGAAGAGCUUGUUUUGCUAAGAAAAGAUAAAAGUUCCAUGCAGCACUUUUAUUUAAUGUUUGUUUUGAAUGAUUUCUAAUCAAAAUCUGGUGUUAUCUACAUCUGGACACAGUGUCCCAACAUUUUUGGAAAUGCUUUUGUCCUAAACUUUAAAUAAAACAAAGCUGAUAAAACAUGUCCAGUUUGUGGAGAUGAGCAGGUUUGUGUUAAACUUCUUAGCACAGUUCUCACCUGGGCCUGGUGACAGCGCUGGUCUUUUUAAUCAUUAAAACUAUCCUGGUUUCAUACAUUUGGAUCAGCUUGGAUCCAAAAACAGGCCUCUGACCAUCCUUUGCCUUUCAAGGAACAGAAAAGCGAUUUGGCUUGAACAGUCUAUGUCCGUCUCUUUCAGGCGAACAGUAAGUGGGAGUGUCAGUGGAAGUGGCAGCAGUUAUUCUGGCUCAAGCUCCAGAUCCAGAUCCUCCUCUAACUCCCUCUCCCGCUCCCGUUCUGGAUCCAGAAAAUCCAGGUGCUUCUACACUUUGACCGCUCACUGUUGUCAGAAAAUCAUUGUACAAAAAUGUUCAUUUACAGAGAUACUGUUAUAUAUGGCAUCAUGUCAUUUUUCAAUUUCCUUGAGGGAACCUUCCCAACAGGAUGAAUAAAAUUGUAUCUAAUCAAAUCUGAUAUUCUCUAAUCCAGUCUAAUCUAAUGUAGUUUUAGAAAGGUCUUAAAAUCCAGUAAUAUAUCACAAAAAAAUAUAUCACAAAAAGACACUCAGAGAUGUCACUGACUUAUGACUACUUCUGGAUUUUGAAACUGUGAAAUUCACAUCUAUUCAUAACUACAUUAACCUUCAGUAAGUCUUGAGACUUCAUAUUUAAAUCCUAAAAGCACACUAAAGAGGGCUGUGUCAAACUCUGAAUGUCCCAGAGUGAAAAAGAAUCUUGUCGAUCAAAAAGGUCGCGCUUUUAGUUUUUUUUUUCUUUUUGAUUCAGCCCCACCCUAAACUCCUGUGUCAGUCGGAACAGAUUAAAACAGCGAGUUUUAAAUGUACAUUUAAUUGUUGAUACAGAUCUUAAUGCUUUUUUCUUUUUUAAUUCUGUCCGUCUCCUCUGCCUUCAUAUGCUGUUUCUGUUGGGAAACCCCUCCAGAAAAUCCAGGUAUGAUCAUUGUUCCUGGUCCUUAUCAGUGGUGUUUGCAUAUGCAUGUGUGCUAAAAUGUGGGUAUGUUGUGUUGUGUGCACAUGGUCAUCGCUUCUGUGGGACAGCAAAUUUGAAUCCCAUAGAUAACUCAGCUUGGUGGCCUCUGUUUACAGGUCACUGAGUGUCAGCAGUGUGUCAUCGGUGUCAUCUGCAUCAUCCAGCAGCAGCUCAGUGAGGAGCGCAGACUCAGAUGACAUGUAUGCUGACCUGGCGAGCCCUGUGUCCUCUGCCAGCUCCCGCUCGCCCACACCAAAUCACCCCCGGAAAGAGAGGCCCUCUCCCCGGGACAGACCUCCACAUGGCAGAGACAAAAACAGGGGUUAGUCAAGACACAAGACAGUCUUUGCACAGCAGGAUGUGGAGGUGGAACAAUAAAGAUACACAGUCUGCAGUUAACUGGAAUCUCAAAUCUUGGAUAAUUGCAAUCAUUAAGCAAAUAUGAGCAACACCGCAUAUACAUAUGCACACUACUUAUAUACAUAUAUACAUACACCCUGCAACCCCACUGGCUGUAUUUGAAAACCUUUUCCGUACGUGAAUAAUCUUGUUAUGACUGAUGUCCAAAUACCUCUUCCAGACAUAUCCCACUAAAAUGUCCCUGUAGAGUCCCAAAGAGAAACUUAAUUGACAUGUUUGGACUUUUCUGAAGUUUAAAACCAAAAGAUUUCAAAAGUCUUGGUGGAUCUUUUAUCCGAUUGGUUCUCUGAAUCGAUGCGUGCGACUGCUUGGCUCAGUCUUUGUAACUGUCUUCUUGUCCUUCAUGCAGAGAGACCGCUAAAGAAGGAUGAACCUUUCCGGGAGGACCGCAGAAAGAUGGACCCAUCUGGUUCCCUACCAAGAGGAGGUAACCCCAUGCCUAGAUCCGGACCUGGAAGUAGAGGUGGCCACCCCCUGCACCCCCCACCUAGCACCAUGGGCCCUCCAGGAAGCUAUGGAGGUUCAGGAUCACACAAAGACAUCAAACUCACCCUCCUCAACAAGGUAAAUUUUAAGGCUGCAACAACGAAUCAAUUAAGUCGAUUCAUUGUGACGAAAAAAUCCGUUGCCAGCUAAUUCUGUAAUUGAUUCGUCGGGUCUUUAUAUAUGUCCAUGGACACCGGCGUGUAAACAUCAGCAGGACGCACAGAAAAGAAACAGCCAUGGCCGAGGCAGCGGCUGAGAAAAACAUAGACACAACCCAUGGUGUGGGAAAACUUUACCAAGACUGAAGAGGAAGGCGUUCAGUGCAACAUUUGCAAAGCCCGUUUUGCAUGGCACGGGAGUACAUCGAUGAUGCGUGAGCACAGGGCUCUCAAGUCUCACGCAUUCAGCGUAUGACACACGCAUUCCCACUCGUUCACACGCUCACACACCACACAUUGUAUUUCUCACGCAUUUAAAUGAACAUGGUGAUGUCCACCAAGUUGCACUUCUUUAACUAUGGAACAGGGGGAAAUCAACUGAGUUUCUCCGAGAGUUCAGAAGCUGCAUGCCACGCACAAGCCAAUCAAAUAAAGUAUAUCUACUGAACAGCCAAUCAAAAAGCAGCAUUGCUGUAUCCGGGUAGAUUUUGAUAUCUUGCGGUUUGACUACAGAAGAAGACAGACACUCGCCAAAAUAGAGCAGGUUUUUAUAAGGACGAGAUAGACCCGAUGAUUACAGUAAGUCAGUAACCUACACAUGCAGAGACCUCAACACCUCAUGGCAGAUAAACUCAUAUGAUAAACUAAAGCCCUAUGCUAUUGCUAUUAACAGCUGCAUUGAUGAAUUUAGCCUGUUAAUCCGAUUAAUCGAUUAGUUAUUAAAAUAGCUGACAGAUUAAUCGAUUAUCAAAAUAAUCGUUAGUUGCAGCCCUAGUAAAUUUUUCUUCUCUUGACUCUCUUUUAGUUUGAUCAGCUAUAUCAAAUUAAAUAACCGUGACAUAGUGUCAAGGUAGGCUGUAUUGGUUACUCUGAUCAAUCAGAGACAGUUUGGGCAGUUACACCAAUAGGCUGGUGAGGAAUGAAAGUGAGCAAAAUGAGUAAAAUUAAAAACAAUUUAGGGCAUGAAAUUGCCCCUGAAAAUAGACAUAAUCCCUAACAGCCUUAGUGCACUUUCAAAGAGACAACAUGUUUUAAAACUUUCUCCAGAGUUCAGUCAGCACAUAACAGAGAGAUGAGGCAUGCAGACGCAACAGCCCGUUCUUCUGCAAACAAGCUGUCUGUAACAUAAACUGUGAGCUCAUGCUGCAGUUGGGGUUGUGUAGAGUUUAGUAAAAGUGUUGAUAAUGUGAAAGCUUCAGCGACUGGAGAGCAGUGUUUCCCCCGGUAGUGUAUUUGGCAGGGCAGCCCACCCUGCCAACGAGAUCCCAAGCCAGAAAUUGAAGUCAUAGAUUAAUAUGUACAUCUAAUGUUUAUUUUUAUCAAAACAGCCUAUAAAAUAUAAUUUGCACAAUUUCAGACUGUAAAGCUCGCAAUCAUUUCAAUAUGUUCUCCGCUCCUCUGCGAUGAGCGGGGCUCUCCACUCGCUCCUCUCUCUAUCUCACAACAUACACACAUGUGCUGACAUGCCGCGCCGCAUAGUUCAGAGGCGCGGCCUGUCAGCGCCACUGAUUCUGGUAUUCCGGUUGUGAGCACUUGCUGCUCAUACCCUGCCGAUUUUGCGCAGGAUGGUUUUGAUAACCCAGGGUUCUGACUCCUCCCCAUCAUGUCUGCUGCCAACAAAACAAUAAAAAAAACUGGUCAUAGAGCACCAAACUGUCCCCGAACGUUCAGCACCCCAGUUGAAAAUAUCUGCAUUCUUCAAAAAGUUGGUACAUAGUGAUGCGGAUGCCCCACAUUCUCUUGUCCAUGCUAGCUUAAGCAUCUCUCCCAGUAUGAAAAGCAGCACUGGCUCAUCUCCCGCCACCCUGUAUGACAUAGACAUACGUCAUACGGGGUGACAUAUGUCUACGUCAUAUGGCCCCCCCAUCACCAACCCCCUGCCAAAGAGAAAAAGCUAGGGGAAACACCGGGAGAGUGAAAUGUUUUCAUUUUCAGUUGUGUCAAACCUGCAUUCUUCCCAAAGACAGCUGUGUAUGUUUUUGUGUGAAUUUUCUGUAAACGAAGAGCCUGUUCAACCCAAAUAUUUACUCAUGACUGUCAGCACUCACAUUGUAUGCAUGGUGGUCAAUUCUCUCACAAAUGUUGAUGAAACGGUUGGACCCUUUACAGCAGCAAGGAGAUAAGGGUAACCGGAAGAGGUACCUCCCUUCAGACAAAGACAGGCCAGGUUCCCCCGUCAGCAAGAGGAUGGCCCUGUCUCCAGACCGAGGUGAGAACUGUACACACAUGUACACACAUCUUCAUGGUCAUGUGUUCACGGCUUUGUUCCCUCUGUUUUGGUCCAACCCAACUCCAUGACAUAUAAGACGGCGUGUUGAAAUGUAGAUAAUAGAUUGUGAUUAUAGAGACAUUAUUUAAACAUUAUAGCUGAAUGAAAGUAAUGCAAAGACGACCUGACAGAUCUUCAAAGGGCAAGUGUUGUAAAAUGAACAUUUUUAAGUUUGAUGCCAGAAACAUGUUUCAGAAAAAUCAGGACAGGGGAAAAAAUUUGUGAAAUGCUAGAAAACACCUGGAGGAACAUCAUCAGGAUUAGUAAGGCUAUGUGGCAUUCAUACAUUUGUGUGAAAUAACCAAAUAUUACACAUUGCACAACACAUGUCACAAGUUAAGGAUAUAUUUGCAUAAGUGAAGAAAGAGGGAAAAAUGUAUAUUGAUACCAGGGAGACCGGAGCAAACGCACGCACACGCCCAGCCACCCACACACUUGGCCAUUAUUAUUGACUCACUUCUGUUCGAUCAUUGUGAAACGAACCUUACACCUUAUUAUGAAAUCCAUUCACAGGAGCAAUAAGGCAAUCAGUAACCGUGUUCCCAAAACGUGCCAGACAAAUAAAGUUUUAUACUAAUAAUUGUACUUAAAAUGACAUGAUCGUAGCGCAGAAUUGCUGACCAAUAAGGCUACAACACUUAAAGCUGCGAAGGAAAUUAAGUAAUGGUUUUAUAUUAAAAGGUACGCACUCACAAUUAAUCAAGACGCACAAUGGCUUAUCUGGCACUGCUGGAGAACGUGGUACACAGGAGUUCUUUUUUUUUUUCCACUUGUGGCAGUCCCUUAAAGUCCCACUCCAUUUGUUGUUGUUUUUUAACUACUUAAAGUGUUUCUCAGCAGUCUUUAUAUUGUGAUUAUAAAGUUUUUAGCCAAAAUCACGUUACAUGUGUCAUUUUUAGGGGCUUUGCUUCUGCAGAGCUCCAGUAUCUCAUUAGUAAUUCGUCUCUGAGCCGUGAGUGGAGACAGCGCUGCUCUGCACACUCCUUUUACGGGUAACAUUCAGCUCUCAGACACUCAUGUCUUUGGGGACAUGAUGAAAGUUAAAAUCAUAUUUAGCUUUAUUACGAGCAUUGCAAUCUGCUAGCACACACGCGUGUUCCACAAUGGUCCUCCCUUCUUUUCCGAGUGUGGCCAGCAGAGCGGGGCUCUGUGGGCAGAUCUUGGAUUUGUUACCUAGGAAAUCUCACUGUGUCUGAACCUGCCGUUUGGGUCUGCCAGAGAUUCACAGUGAUUUGAAUGCAGAAAUACUCAGAAAUGCAAUUUUGCUCUUAUUUUUCUCAUGAUAUGACCUGUAGCAUCAGAAAAAUCCCAUAUGAACAUGUAGACAACAAUAAAAACAUGAUUUUGAUCAGAGUGGCUCUUUAAGGAGGUGUUGUCCGUGUGUAAAUCGAUAAAAUGAACAGUUCUGUGCAGUCAGACACUUCCCCUACUAUUCUCAUUUGAAAAGGGAACUCUCGCAGUUGCAGUCGCAUAAAAUAUGUAAGACCUCUGUCCUACAUGUUUUAUGGUGUGCUUAGCUGAGUUAGGACUGUAAAGUUUCCAUCAUCACACUAGUGUAGCUGAGAGAUCACUCUUUCUGUUUUUAUUACUGUUGAAAAUGGAGAGACACAAUAAGAGAAGAAGAACUGGGUUGAUCCCCAAAUGGAAAUUCAUGACUCAGUCCCCUGGUUCCGUUUUUCCUCCACCCUGAACAAUCAGCAUUUUGUUUUUUGCUGUGACGUGAUAUGAUCCAAAUUCAGUGUCCUUUUAGUAGUCUGUUAUUUGCUCGACAGAAACUGUGCAUGCCAAGCAGCUCGACUUAUCAUGAGCUCAUCCACAUCCACUCAUACCAGCCUGCCUACUUCUUUAUCUGCGCAGAGAACGUUCAUUUUUAUUGCACAUUUCUCACACAAGCCAAAGUGCGUAAUGGAAAAAUGAAAUUACAUCAAAGUAAGGACUUAAAGUAAACAGAGCAUGUAAAUAAGACAAAUCAAAUAAAUGAAAGGAGGAAAACUGUGACCAAAAAAAAAAAAACUAAGUGUAUAUUUCCAUACCAGAAGGUGCUAUGGGGGUAUUCCUGGAUUUCUGCUUUAGAUGAGCUGAGUAAACAAUAAGUUGUGUCAGCAAAGGUUUCCUUCACAGUUUCCUCGUUUUCUCUCUAUGAUGAGGGUUGCACAUAGAAAUCCCUUAUGUCACAGGGAUCUCCGUAGUGAGUUUACUUCUGUUUUUCAGAGGCAGAAGCAGAAUCAGCUUUAAUGGCCAAGUAUGUGUACACAUACAAUGAAACUUUACCCUCUAUGUACAAACAGUAAACAUGAAAUAUAACAGAAGUUAAGGAAAAGAAAAGAAAAAAGUGUCAGCUCUUCACAUGAAAUCUCUGUGACCAGUAUAUAAUGCUACAUCCUGUUCCCAAUCAUCCGAUGGGAAAGUCAAGACUUUUUAAUUCAAUCUUAGCUAGCUGUGUGAGGAAACAACACAGCUUUUACAGCUUCUUCAAUUGUAUAUUCUGCAAAACGACAGUGAUGUGCUUAUGAAGUCUUGACAGCCCCAAUGACUCUGAAACUUGUGCUUCUCAGGCCGUGAUAAGAGGAUUCCCGGUCGUCCCCCACUGUCGCCACGAAUGGAGCGACCCAGAGGCCAAGGGCCCCGACCCAUACCCCCCCAGGGAGACAGGUUAGUGCACCUAGAACAUGUUACGGUGGUACUGAUCAUUUCACAGCUUCAAAGAAACAUCAAAUGGACAAAAAAUAUUCAGUCAUAAGUGUGAAAAAUGUAAAGACUCUACUACUCCAGGCACGAAGUUCAGCUGACCACCAGUGCUUGGUCAGAAUAGGGAACACACCUCAGGAGUAAAAGCACACAAACAAUUUGUCACCACAGUAUGCAUCAUAAUAUUGAACACCCUCUCACUUCAAUUUUCCAGUUUAUGAUUGUGGUGGAUUUGCUGGAGGUGCAUAAAAUGACAUCACACUGUGAUCACGACUUCCCUGUAAAUAUCUCCGAUUAGCUCAUUGUUUUCUGACUGUUAAUAUCUGAAACAAAGGGGGGAAAUAAAAUGUCUCGAAUUCAGAAAAUGGCAUCAUUUAUUUAAUGUAUUUAUUUAUUAACUCACUUUUGACGAUUUGAUCAUUUGAGAAUGUACCACCUAAGGUCAACUCCUAUGACUUUGAAUUUUGUAUGCCAGUUAUUCGUUUUUACCUCCACCUCAACUUUAUAACCUUAACUUCAAUUUUUAAGGAAAUUCUUGUGUAAUAGUAACUGUUUGCGUUCAUUUGCCGUGCUGCACACAUACAGUCAUCGCUAACAUAAGAAGCAAUGACUGUCCUCUGGCAGAUGACUCUACAGUAGAAGCAUGGGGCUGUGUUUUGGCAGGAUUUAGUUAUAGAGGUGGCAGCUUGCUAUGCUGUCACCGAGGUCCACACUUCGGUUGUUUUUUAUUUUUAUUUCAAACAGCGGUAAAUGGCUGCAAAAGCGAAUUCAAAGUAUUCUCUGUGAUCAGUCUUAAGAAAAAAUAACACUCAGUUAUCGUUGACUUGAAGAGAUAGUAAAAAGAUUAAACAAUUGAUUUUCCUCUUACUAAAACAAUACGAAUAGGGUUGUCCUCUAAAUCAUAAAUUCUCCCUAGCAGCAUUCUAGAUGUAACUGAUGAUAUCGCACAGCUACAGGACAUUUCGAGCCGUACAAAUUGUUCAACCUGCUAAAAUAGUGUCUGUGGAAUUUUCAGUUUGCACAAAACCACUUACACAAUGUCAUUUUAACAGCAUGAUGUGAUCUGCUGGAGUUGUGCUGAAAAGGCUUAAAUGUAUUCUUAAGAGUAAUUUGCUUCUCCUUGAUGCUUAUUGAUGCUAGAUGCACAAGAACGCAGCAGGUUGCAUGUAAAAACUGAAUGCACUAAAGGAAAAUAAACAAAAAAAUUAAUGAUGCUGCAACAAACAGACUGAUGCGGAAGAAUCGAUCAAAAGCAGGAAAAAGAGUCUUGUAGUCAGUCAACAGGAAGCUGUGAGAUCAUAAUGUCAGUGUUGGUUUUAAAAUAAGCCUCACUGAGUAGAGUAAAUGUUUAAUCGGCAAACAUUUGGCCGUUUGCCUCUGGUGUGUCAUCCACAUUCCACAUUGCUAAUUUUUGAAUCAGAAAAGAGUGCACUCUGUUUUUUAGCCCAGCUACCUCAUCAGUGAGUUAUGCAUGGUCAGCACUUUGUAAUUCCUGCUGGCUAAUCUAUAAAAGCAACUUGUGUUUCAGCAGCAACAGGCUCACGUGUUGAAACCUGUUCACUCUGUUAUGCUGUAAAACGCAAUGUAGUGUUUAUAAAUAGUCUUUAUGAGCAGCUAGCUCAACCAGUAUUCAAACAGCCGGAAAUACUGGAGGGUGAGAGGCUAUUUUUAGAAGUUGUAAAAUACACAGCUUUACAUCAUGUGGAGUAUUUUUAGCAGCAGGGCUGCUCAGGACACGUGGGAACGACUCCAUGUCAACUAUCGAGUUAUUGGGGUGAUGAAUGAAUAUGUCACGCAUUGUAACUGUGUGACAUAUAUUUGUGAUAUCUAUGUAUAUUUUGGGUGUUUUUUUUUUUUUUUUAUUAUCUAAAGCAUUUUCAAAUAUGUGAGUUUGUUGGUUUUUUUCCCCACACAUACUUGGUCAGGCUGCAUAAGAAUCAUUUCCACUGCUCAGUAGUAGUCUAUUUCUUUUACAACAUACACUAAGCAUGCUCGACCCUCAACAACUAAACAAGAACAACAAUGAGGAAAAAAAAAAAAAAAACAUUGGACACACAUGCCAAACAAGAUGUAAAAGAAAUAUUCAUCGGCACGGACUCUAAUUACAAUAAAUCAAACAUAAAGCAUCCCCUUAUGCAGACAUGAGACAUUAACAUACAGUGAGCAAGCUGAAGCACUUUAUAUGUGACAUUUGGCAGGAAAACUGAUCAAAUAAAAUAAUGGACACAAGCACAAAAAGUGCAUCACAGAGUCAAAGAUAAAGAUGCAAGGAUUGUGAAAAAAAUCACAAACAAGCUGGAUGGUAAAAGAAAAAAGUACCUUACCUGUGCAAAAAAAAAAAAUUGGCUUGCUGCUUUGUUGCAAGAGCUUAACACCAUCAUGACUUUUCUGACAAUACUUGUGAAAAGGUCCGUCCACAAUAGAAUACAGCAGAAGAGGAAGUGCAGCUGUGGUCGAGUGGUAGAGUUCGUUCUCCCUCAAUAUCAACUUGGUGUUAAGAUUUUUGUUUAAUCUAUGCUGUAGGCUUUGUAUUGGGUCUUCUAAUGGAACAAAAAUUCACCAACGCCCUCAGGAAACAGUUUUCACAUCACUAUGAUGUACUCGCACUGCAGGUGUAGACACCUAAAGGAAAUACUUUUAUUCAGCAGUUCUUAUGUGUCCUCCCAAGGACACCACUAAAGCCACCUGGCUGGGUCCCUUUGACGGUAGUGGAGUCACGAUGCAUGAUUAUGACGCACAGACACAAACACGGCCUGCACAGCUGUGGCUUUUCUGUGAGGAACUGAAUAAAAAGGAUUUUAGGCAAAAAUUUAUCAUAAAUUGCAGUCAAGAGGUAGUGAUAGCAUGAUGUCUUAAGGUCGUAUAACUAAUUUUUCACAUCCAGAUGUGGCUAUUGUGCACUUGGGUGUAUCACUGUAAUUGCUGGGCAGGGGAAGGUCCACUAAAGAAACAGCAUUUGUAGCGAUUUCUACUGCAAGUAGUCACAGUGAGUGAUAAAUUUAACUAUAGAUGAUUUUUUUUUUUGUCAAUCAACAUCCUUCUACAAGGAUUAGACAAAAUCAUCAACAACAUCAGGGUUAUCACUUGGUCAACUCACCCUAACCCCGACAGAAAGCUCUUUACAGGAGACUUUAAUUAUUGCAAUUUAAAGUAAGUUCAUACUCGAUUGUAGAAGGGUCAAUUUCAGCAUGGUUUUGACUCAGUGAAUUAAGUGAAGAUCACUGGACACAGAUGUGCAUGCACUUCACUCCUGCAACAAAACACCUGAAGCAGGUAUUCCUCUAGUAAAUCGUGGAGGCGAGCCAAGCUGAGCCUCAUCACGGCUGGAUUAACUUUGUCAGAAAUCCCUGGACAGACUCCCGAUAAUGCAGAACUCAGCUGCCAGUCUUUGAUACAAUAAAUGCUGUCAUAUUAGGCACUCAAGCACUCAUUGGUCUCUGUCCCUUACUUUAAUGACUGUAGACUCCAGUUUUCAUGUUUCCUCUCAGAAAUUCAGACAGCAUGUUUUGGUGCUGUCUGGAUCUGCCUCACUGUUUGGUCUGAACUGAGUUUCUUUUGUCUCUUGCUAUAUUUUUGUUUCACUGAACAUCAGUCAAACUCUUGCUCCUCUCCUCCCCCUCCUCAGAAAACGUCCUCUGUCACCACCCCCGAAGUCUUCUGGGAAAGGUCCAGCCGCACUGUUGGGCAAGCCAGCCGCCCCUGGUUCUGCUCCAGCCGCUGGCUCCGGCUCUGGUGCAGGCUCGAGCUCUAACAAACCCAGCAACACACUGUCUCGCCGUGAGGAGCUGCUGAAACAGCUGAAGGCUGUGGAGGACGCCAUCGCCAGGAAACGAGCAAAGAUCCCCACCAAAUAAACUGAGGCCCAUACAUAUUCUGUUUACCUGUGUGCUUGUGGGUUCUUGUGAGGCAGAGAAACACUCAAAGUUCAUGGAUGUUAAAAAUCGUUUUAUGGUUCAUGUAUAGAGGUCAUUGUACAAGAGAACAAGAAGUGGCCACACAGCAAUCAUCCUUUGCUUGAGGUUUGGCUCUGUUUCAUUCUCGAGAGCCUCUCACGCCCGUCUACUCGAUGUUAGAUCCCCUCAAAGUCUCUGAAUGUCUCAGCUGCAGUUUACCUCAUCAACAAGAAACAGGAGGAAACAUGUGGGCGUGGGGCGAGGAGGAGAGUCUCAGGAAUGGAGUGCAGACUUCACAGAAACAGAAGGAUAUUGAGGUGCGUUUGUCCACUUGCCCCUCACUCUGUUCCUUCACUCUUAAGGAAGCACCUCCUUGUGUGGUGUGACAAAUAACACAUUUCUACACAAUGAGUCGACUGUCUUUUUUUGGUCCCUUUUACUGUCUUGUGUUCUCACAUAGUUUUCUCAAGUUUGCUCCAUGUUGAGUCAGCCCUGCAGAUGACUGACAGCCAUCACUUUGCUUACCUGUAUAAAUUCUUCAAAGCCUCCAUGUUCUGUAAGUCUGCCUGUGUUUGUUCACAUAGGAAUCAUCUUAAACCAAUGACACAUCUGGUUCUGUGUGUUCAGGGCAGUGUUCACUGUCUCACUUUGUACAAAAAAUUAGCAAAUCAUCGGAUCCUUGCAAGUGUACGAUUAUAGACAACAGUGAUGUGAAGUAUUGCUUUUUUUAAAACUACAGCAUUUUGUUUUCUUCUGAGCUCUUCCUAAGCGAUAAACUGAUGUUUUAUUUGUGUAACAUUUUUAGUUUGAGGAGUAUGAGAGAUGGAAUGGAAAAUUUAGAAACCAGAUUUGUCAUGAUUUUGUGACAAGAGCCUUCUAAAUAAACUAUUUUGAUAAAGAGAAGUU